AUGGUCGUUCCGCACAGGCGUCCAUGGCCCCAAGGCAUGCAUGUGGUAAUGCGGCGCCCACCUUCAGGGGCCGUUAGUAACGCUGACAACAUCCCGGAUCCGUUCGGUUUCAGUGUCCUUACAACUUUACAUUCCAGUCUGCGAGCUGCCAUCGAGAAAUCACUAUUCGAUAGAAUUGUGGCCCAUUGUUCCACGUUAAAGUUGCAGAUUGGCAGUGACGGGCUCACAGUUGUCCUUAAUUCUCGUUUACAUCCAGGGCCCAUUCUGAGACGGAUCAACGGUCCACGAAGCGCGGUCUGCCUGGUUGAUGUUUACCACGACUAUAGCUAA